AGAAAUAGAGUCAUUCGGUGAAGAGUGGAGGAGGGAUAGAAACAAAAUGUCUACUGAUCUCGAUAUGUUUACCAUGUUUACUAGCAAAAGUUUAUAUACAACGAGAGAUGCUUGACAUUGCUAAAGAAAUGAUUAAUGAAAUGAUUAAAAAAGUGAGGCGUGAUGGCCGUAUCUUUUAAUCGAUAUCUUAUUUUACCGGAAAUUGAGAAAAGUGAAUUUAGAAUAUCUCAAGAAAAUAAACAUAAAUAUACGGAUGAUAUUACGAGAAACUUGCCUAAUGAACAAAAAACCUCCGUGACACCGGCAACUGUUCCCUUAUGUGUCCUGGGUGAUGUUCAGUUGCGUUUCCUCUGCCCAGACGACUUGGAGGAAGUACGGGCACUUUGUCAAGAUUGGUUCCCUAUUGAUUACCCUUAUUCAUGGUAUGAAGAUAUAACAAGUUCCUCACGGUUUUAUGCCCUUGCAGCUGUGUAUGGUGGAGUUAUUAUUGGACUUAUUGUUGCGGAGAUAAAGCCUUAUGCCAAACUUAACACAGAGGAUCGUGGUAUUUUGUGUUCAAGUUUAGGAAAAGAUUGUCUAGUAGGUUACAUUCUUAGUUUAGGGGUGCGUCGUGCAUACAGAAGAAAUGGAAUUGCUUCAUUAUUGUUGGAACAAUUACUUGCACAUGUUACUGCUCCAGAACGUUCUUCUGUGAAAGCAGUCUUCCUACAUGUUUUAUCUAGCAAUUCACCUGCGAUUUUAUUUUACCAGAGAUGUCAUUUUCGAUUACAUAGUUUCUUACCAUAUUAUUAUUCAAUUCGCGGUAAAUGCAAAGACGGCUUUACAUAUGUCCUUUAUGUAAAUGGAGGACAUGCACCAUGGGGCAUUUGGGAUUGGUUGCGUCACAUAGCUAGUGCAAUGGCUAGUCUUGGACCAUGCAGAGUUCCACGAUGGAUUUGGCAGCGUCUUCUUUGGGCUACUACUAUUCUUUCAUAUCAGAGAUGA